AUGGACAAUGCUAAUCAUUUUCUUUCUGUAACAAUUAUACUAAUGAUUAUACUUUCACAGCUACACAUCUCUUACAAUCAAAACUACUAUUCCAUAGUAGAAAAAAAACCAGGAAUCGUAUAUCGUGAAUUCCGAAGGUUGAAUACGGGUUAUGUCAAGCGUACAAUCGACUUGUACAUUGGUAUACGUGACACUCCGCCUUACCUUGUGCUCGGUUACAAUCAUCAAAAGGAAUUUAUUGAAUACAGCAAGCCUGAAGAUGCAAAGGAAACAUCCGAACCGUAUUACAUUUACUCUUCGCGCUAAACUAUUUGCUAUUACAAAUAAAAUGAAUGAAAGAUUAUGCAUGAAGCAAC